AUGCUGUCGUACAAAGUCAAUAUGGAACAUCCUUACCUCAGUCUUUCAAAGAUCCUUACACCUGUAUCUCUAAUUAAAAGAUUGCUAAGUGUUUUGGCACCUUUCUAUUUGCAUCCUUACGUCCUAUAUUCGGCCGAUUUGACUCAAUUAUUCGGCCGAAUAUUACAGCAGCCGUUCCUUUUUGACCAAAAUUUCGGAGCGGAUGCACAUAUGUUGUACGCCCGUCCGAAAAUCGGUGUUAAUUUUGCCGAUGUAAACAAUUCGUACGGCUUUACAUCCUACAUGCUUUUGCUUCACAGCCUUCUAUUACGCCUAACUAUAAUCCAUAUUCAUAGUUCUAGUGAUCUUGUCUUCACCUCUAGAAAAUCAACAUGA